AUGCAAAUUGGUAGACUUUUUCAUUAUGCUACUGACGCAAUCCUUAUUUCUGCCUUACUUGCUGGUAUUAAAAGGUCUACUGGGUUAACAUUUGCCACAGAACGAAUCAAAAACAGAAAUAUUAGAAAUAUUGUAAACACAUUCCUUGGUGUUGGCGAAUGGGUUAUGGAUAAAUGUAUUAUGUAUAUGAGCUCUUCACCUUACUUUGUAAAAAAGCUGAUUGAUUAUAAUCCAGAAUCACGAAGUCUACAUUUCUUUUAG